CGUCCCUCACUGCGCAGCACGGCGAAGCGAGAGAGACGCAUCUCUCUCUCUCUCUCUCUCUCUCUGAAGAUAUUUUCAAAAAAUCGUUUUCUUAUCAAGGAAAUAUGUCACAGUGUGUCAUCUACAUGUUCUCUCCGACGCAUCAUUGCCGUACGUUACGAGGGCGAGGAGGGAAGUGAACGGGCGUCCGGUCGGCACAGCAUUCCUUCCGCAAAGCGUGUCCCGUCGUCGCGGGGCUAGGAUAAACUCCUGGGGCGCGAGUAAUGAUCGAGUGAGGGCGGCUUCGAAGGGACGAUCAACGCGCCGACACGAGAAACACCCGCGGCACGACGCAUCUCGGACGCAUCAUCAUGGGCAUCCUGUGAGAGAGGGCGGCAUCGAAGAGACGGCGCCCCCGUGAAGGGAGAGGAUCGGCCGUACAGGGACGACGAGGACGACGACGAGGGCGUAGGAAGGGCAGGGUCGGCGAGGGAAGGGGGUGGCCGGUGACCCCGGCUCGGGAAGAGGCGAAGACUCUUUGCGACACCGGCUAUCGCGACCGCCAUGUUAUCCCGGAACAGCGGCAGCGCGCGCUCCCUGGCGCCGUUGCUCCUCUGCCUCCUCGUGCUUGGCGCGGCCGGCCUCGACGAAUCCGAUGUAAGUAAACUGGAACCAGCAGUGGAAAUAAAAAUCGAAAAACGGACAGCGACGUUGGAUAUCCAAUCGUCGCAGGAUGCCGAAGGCAUAGAAGCUGGUAGCACGCCGACCCUAUUAUGCAAGCUGAACGUACCGGGUCAAGUCUGGUGGAGCACCGGGGACAGGAAUCUCACCACCAUCAAGGAUCUCGAGCAAGUUGGACGAUUGGAUAUAAAGAAGGCCAGCAGAAAUGACACAGGCGAUUACAAAUGCUCCGCGCAGACCAACGACGGCGAAUCGCUCGAGAAAAACAUUCAUAUCAGAGUGAUAGAACCCGGCAAAAUAACAUCCGGCGGGAACGUGAGAGCGAAAGUGAUGGAAGCGGCCAACUUGACGUGCCACAUACACGGUUAUCCAUUGUCUCAAUUUACUUGGUUAAAAGGGAAUGAUUCAGAGAGCAGCGAGCACUUGAAGAAUAUCACCACCGUCGCGCAGAUAAACGAGACCUAUGCCGUCUUGGUCCUGGAGUUCAAGAGUCUGGCGCGCAAAGACAAUGGCACGUACGUGUGUCAGGCGAACGACUACAACGGGAUGGUGAGCGCCACGGUGCACUUAUUUGUCAUCGACGUGCCCAAAGUCAGCAUAGAUUUCAUGAAAGCUGUCGGCGCCGGGAGUAUAUAUUUAAAUUGGACCGUCAAUGACGGCAACGAGCCGAUCAAGAAAUACUUUAUUCAGCAUAUGAAGAACGGAACGGAUCAACGGCAGUACUAUGCCGAGCAAAUCGGCGGAGGUAAUUCCAGUUACGUGCUCAAGGGAUUCGAGAGCGGCACCGCGUACCGAAUCGGCAUCAGUGCAAUGAAUGUGGUGGGUGCAUCGUACAUGCAGUUGGAUCCGCGAUGGAUCACCACGCUCGAGAAAGAUCCGGUGUUUGUGCCGAAUGUGUCCGUGAAUGGUGUGACAGAGAAUUCGAUUACGAUUGGUUGGACUCAACCGCCGGCGAAUUUGAUAGAACACGUGCAUUAUUAUAAACUGAUGGCUACUCACGCCAAGCAGAAGAGAGAAGCGAUAUAUCUUGCUGACGCUCUUGCCGUGUACAUGUUCAUGGAUCUCGGUCCGGCGACCACGUAUAAAUUCAAGAUUGCCGCCUGCAGCGAGUACACAAAGCAAUGCGGCAAUUGGAGUGCCGAAGUAAACGGCACUACACUGGAUGGAGUGGCCAGUCCUCCAAAAAAUCUCACCGUUAUUUGCCGCUACGACAAUAUAAGCAGCUCCAGCUUCAUGUCCAUUACGUGGAAACCUCCGGAACAGCCGAACGGCAUUAUACAGCGCUACAACAUACAUUUGAUUGGCGAGGCGAGAUUCAAAAACGACAUGGGACGUCUUGACAUUAAUAGUUUUGAACCACCCAGUUGGAGUGUCUUCAACAAGAACAGCACGCGAUACAAUCCAAUACCUCCCAAUACAAAUUAUACGGUUCGGGUACACGGAGUGACCAGGUCUCGCACUCCCGGCAAGGACGCUAUAGGAAAUUGCACUACACCAGUCACAGUUCCGGAUCGCGACAACAUGAACUUGCGCUCCUGGCGGAAAGUUGAAAGUCAGGGUCGACAAUUGUUUAAACUCUAUCUACCGCGCAUCUCCGAACGGAAUGGUCCUAUCUGCUGCUAUCGCAUCUACGUGGUGAAACUGCCACCGCAGAAAACGAUCCGUGAUCUACCGCCGCCCGAAGAGAUCACGGUGUACUCUUACCAUUAUGUGCACAAUUCGCCGCUCGGUGGUGCUUACGUCGUCGAGACAUUCGAGAGCGAUCGGUUGUCGAGCGAGAUCUUCCUCGGCGAUGGCAAGUCGUCCAUCGGUGACGCGAUGUGCGACAAAUGCGUCGGUCUGCGAUCCAAACCGGCGCCGCCGUUGCACUUUGUUCCGGAAAUCCUAUCGACUAUCGCCUCGACCAACGCGAACGGCAGCACUACUACCAUUCCUACGACGACUACAUCGUCACCGACGACAACUGCGAGCAGUACCAGUAGCGGAACUGUGAUUGUCAGCUCGUCCACCGCGUCUGCGACGACUACGAUCGGCACUACCACUAUAGAUGUAACUACGGCAUUACCGGUGAUUGUUAAUGCAACCGAGAAGGCGGAGAGACGGAAAAGAGAAGACUCGCCCGUUCAAAAGGCAUCUGUGGACGGAUCUGUGAACGGGGACAACAUAUUAUCGCCAUAUGAUGGCUUUCUCGACGAAACGUCGAAUUACACCGGUUUUAUCGAAGUUAUCGUAUAUGAUGAUCAGAGGGAUCAGCUUCUACCGGCAUACAGCAACUAUUUCAAUCCUCUCUAUGGUGGAAUGGAUCCUCUCAGCGUAACAGCUGCGGAGGCGACUACCAUCAACGAAAUGAUAAUACAGCUCUUUAUCGCUCUCCUCUUGACCGUUAUGAUUCUGUGCAUCGCACUUUGCAUAUUAUAUAGAUUUACAAAACGUCCGCAAGAGAGAGAGGAAGUCAUAAAUCUGCGUAAUAGUUUUAGGCAUUUCUGCAGAAGUCUGAGAAGCAGGCAUCAGCUUGUAGCAGCGAGUCCGCCGGAUAUGCCGCCGAUACCCAAGAACGAGUUGUUGCAGGCGUACUUGGAACGUCAUCGAGACUCAGAUUAUGGUUUCCAGCACGAAUUUGAACUGCUACCCGACCGAUUUACGGACAGAACGACGCGUGCAUCCGAGGCGCAGGAGAAUCUUUACAAGAAUCGUUACCCAGACAUCAAAUGUUACGAUCAGACGAGGGUGCGUCUGGCGCAGAUGGACGGUAUCUGCGGUUCCGAUUACAUCAACGCCAACUUCGUGCUGGGUUACAAGGAGCGCAAAAAGUUCAUCUGCGCCCAGGGUCCGAUGGAGAACACCGUCUGCGAUUACUGGCGUAUGAUUUGGGAGCAACAUCUUGAAUUGAUACUCAUGCUGACGAAUCUCGAGGAGUACUCGAAGACGAAAUGCGCCAAGUAUUGGCCGGACAAGCGCGAGACCAAGAACUUCGGCGACAUCACGGUGGAGCACGUCAAGGAGCGCGCCUACUCGGACUACGUGGUGCGCGAGCUGAAGAUGACGCGAUUAGGCGAGCGCGAUGCCCGCGCAAUCGUGCAGUAUCACUUCCUCGUGUGGAAGGACUUCGUCGCACCGGAGCAUCCGCACGCGAUCCUGCGCUUCAUCAAGCGCGUCAACGAGGCGUAUUCGCUCGAGAAAGGACCGAUCCUGGUGCACUGCAGCGCCGGCGUCGGCCGCACCGGUACCCUCGUGGCAUUGGAUUCUCUGUUGCAGCAAUUGGCCGAGGAGACCCAGGUGUCCAUCUUCAACACCGUCUGCGAUCUGCGGCACCAGCGCAACUUCCUCGUGCAAUCUCUCAAGCAGUACAUCUUCAUCUAUCGCGCGCUCAUGGAAAUGGCGCAGUACGGUGAUACGGAAAUCCCAGCGUCGCAGCUCAAGGCCACCGUCGCCAAACUCAGGCAACGAGAUAACGGCAAGGAGAAGUGUAAAAUGGAGGAGGAAUACGAUAAAAUCAGUUCCGUAUUGGAAGACCGUAAGUCUUUCUCCGUUGGAGGUGGAGAGGAGAAUAGAUCGAAGAACAGAAGCGAACUGGUGAUACCAUACGAUAGAAAUCGCGUGAUUCUCACCCCAGUCCCUGGCAGGGAACAUUCAACGUACAUUAACGCAUCAUUCAUCGAAGGUUACGAUAAUUCCGAAUCGUUUGUCAUUACGCAGGAUCCACUAGAAACCACUGUAGCAGAUUUCUGGCGAAUGAUUUCGGAACAGUGCAUUUCCACAAUAGUCAUGUUAUCUGAUUUAAACGAAGGUCCACGAAAAUGUCCGCGCUAUUGGCCCGACGACGAGACCAACUAUGAUCACAUAAAAGUCCAUUACAUACACAGCGAGAGCUGUCCGUACUACACGCGUCGCGAGUUUAACAUUGUAAACACUAAGACUGACGAGAGUGGGAUCGUGAAACAGUAUCAGUACCAUGGCUGGCCAACGGUGGAGGGCGAAGUACCUGAAGUAACACGCGGUCUCAUCGAGCUGGUGGACCAAACGUUGACGAAUGACACCGAGACCAGUGGUUCCUUGGUAGUGCACUGCAGCUAUGGAUCUGACCGGAGUUCCAUGUUCGUUGCGCUCAGUAUACUGGUUCAGCAGCUGCGCACUGAGAAACGCGUGGAUAUCUUCACGACGACGAAGAAACUGCGCUCUCAGCGACACGGCAUGAUCAGUACUUUCGCGCAAUACGAGUUUCUUCAUCGCGCCAUCGUGAAUUAUUCGGAUCUUCACAAUUUGGCUGACGACGAAUCUGUGUCAUAAUGUUUGGAAACGUAAGCGGAAGCAAAAUUAGAUUGUUCUAAAUACUCUGUUUUGGGCGGUCAUGUGCGCGAGGACGAGUUCUUGUGACGAGUGUCUGAGAAUUCAUGAACAUUCAAACAAACGUACAUUGCCCCAACCAAAGAUGAACAAGCACUCGAUGGAAGAAUCAUCAUUGACGUCAUUCUCAUCAUUAUCCUCAUCAUCUUUAUCAUCGCCAUUAAAACAGGCUAAGUACGACGCACAACGCGGAUUCGCACGCGAAUCUGAAGACUAUAUUUGUACAUAAUAACAUCAGCAGAUUUUGCAUAUGCUGAUCAUAAGUUAACUUCUGAAGAGAGAAAUCGGAAGAGGAGCAUCAAGCGGAGAUUAACUGGAAAUCGUUUCAUCGUUCGUCUUAUUGUACGUGGAUGACGUCUGUGAGAAUCGCAAAGUGCAGUGCGUGUCGACAUCACGAAACCGUUACAGAAGCUUAUUUUUAUCGAUAGUCUAAUAAUUCAAUCAGAGCGUAACGUAUUUACAGUGCGUCGAAGUUUUUGAAAUAAAUUCGUGACCCGACGUUCUCGUCGGAAUUGUCAGUAUGAUUGUACAGCGAGGGAUUGGUCACAAAUAUGAACGAGUUUAUAGGUAUGUCUACGCAUAUACAUUCUUCUGAUAGAUGUAUAACGCUAGAGCUAGAAGCUUGAAUUGAAACAAAACGACGAGAAGCCCCCGAUGUCGCGAUUAAUCUAAGAACCGGGUAUCGAUUGUGAAACUUUUUCUAAAGUAAAAAAUGAAAAAUUUCCGCCAAUCACGCA